AUGCUCACCAGAACCCCAAGUGUCAUUGCCCAAGUGUUUCUUUUUCUAAGCAUAGUUCUUGUCAUUGCUAUUGCAGUGAUUCAGGUAAAUCAGCAACAGACCCUCUCCCCAGGGUUUAAGUAUGGAAUAGUGCUGGAUGCUGGAUCCUCUCGAACUACAGUCUAUGUCUAUGAAUGGCCAGCAGAAAAAGAAAAUGACACAGGAGUAGUAAGCCAAACUUUCAAAUGCAAUGUGAAAGGCCCUGGUAUAUCCAGCUAUGAGAGUAACCCUGGAGCUCUUGCCAAACCCUUUGACGAGUGUCUGAAUGAAGUCAAGGAGAGAAUACCAGUUCACCUGCAUAAAACCACUUCUGUUUAUCUGGGGGCUACAGCUGGUAUGAGACUACUGAGGUUGCAAAAUGAAUCGGCAGCCAGUGAAGUCCUUGCAACCAUUCAAAACUACUUCAGAACACAACCUUUUGAAUUUAGGGGUGCACAAAUCAUAACUGGGCCAGAGGAAGGGGUGUAUGGAUGGAUAACAGCCAACUAUUUAAUGGGCAAUUUCUUAGAGAGGAACCUUUGGAGGACAUGGGUCCAUCCUUACAGAAAAGAAACUGUGGGUGCACUGGAUCUUGGAGGAGCUUCUGCUCAAAUUUCAUUUAUUCCAGAGGACUCUCAGGAUAAUUUCAACAGCACCUUGCAAGUGAAGUUAUAUGGUUACAACUACAACGUCUACACUCACAGCUUCCCGUGCUAUGGGAGAGAUGAAGCUGAGAAAAGGCUUUUAGCAUUGAUGCUCCAGAAAUCAAACAGCAGUUCUAAGGUGGAUAAUCCAUGUUACCCUCGGAAUUACAAUACUGCAUUAACAAUGAAGUACUUCUCUGGAAGCCUUUGUACACAGUCUGUGAGACCAGCAAAUUAUGACCCAAACCAGCGUGUGAACUUCCAUGGAACAGGAGAUCCAAGUCUGUGCCAGGAGAUGGUUUCUUUAUUGUUUAACUUCACUGCUUGCAGAGACAGAGAAUACUGUCUGUUUAAUGAAAUCCAUCAGCCCAAAGUUAAAGGGAGUUUUGUGGCUUUCUCAGGAUUCUACUAUACAAUGAAUGCUUUGAAUUUAUCUGGGCACUUCUCCCUAGCUGACUUCAAUUCAAGUGUGUGGUUUUUCUGUUCACGGAGCUGGGCACAGCUCCAGUUUAUGCUGCCUAAAUUUGAAGAAACAUAUGCUAGAUCCUACUGUUUUUCAGCCAAUUUCAUUUAUUACUUGCUUUUACAUGGUUAUCACUUUGAUGCAGAAACUUGGCCACAGAUACAUUUUCAAAAGGAGGUUGGUAACAGCAGCAUUGGAUGGUCACUCGGUUACAUGCUGAGCCUCACCAACAUGAUUCCAGCAGAAGGCAAGCUGAUCCAGUUACCUCUGAAGCCUUCUCUGUUUGCUGGGCUCCUCAUCUUCCUCACAGCCAUGGCAUUGAUGUGUUUUCUCUUCCUUGUUUACCUGUGUGUUGUAUCACGUAGUCGGAAGAACAUCAGUCAUGUUGAACAUGUAUUUAUUUCAGAAUGA